UACAUUAGAUAGCAAACUGUGUUAACUUAUGCAAUUUUUUUUUCUUUUCUAGUAUGCAUCUGAAGAGAAGCCAGUAUUUGCUAUGUGCAGUUUUGAGCAAGGUGUUUUUGCUGAUGUAGAGCCAAAAGUUAGAAAGUAUUGGUAUCUUGGUUUCCUAAAAGAUAAGUUUGUCUAUUUUAAGAAUUCAUUUAAAGAAAGGAAGCCUAUUCAAAAUAGUAAACUGGAAUAUGUAGCACCUUGCAGUGGCUGUUCCCAAUGUUAUGUUCCACCGAAAGUUAAAAACAAGUUGAAUGAAAACAGAUGGUGGAGUGCUUUUCUUCCUAGAAAUCCUCAUCCUCAAAUUUCAGAUUCAACUCCUAAUUACAGCUCUAUCAUAAAUGAAGACUGUGGUAAGCAUUUGGAACUUAAACCUUCAUAUAGCAAUAUUACUGCCUGUACUGCUGCUGUUAAUGAAACAAGAAUGAAUAUUGGUGGUUCACUCUGCAUUAAAGUCUACCCUAUCAGUUUGUCAACAAAGCAGUUUAUUUCUUAUGGUUUAAGGUAUCACAGAUCUAAGUUAUCUGAUGAUAGUAUAUCUACUGUUGUAAAAGCCAGAGAAUUAAUCAUUGAAUCUGCAGAGGAAGCAGAUUCUGAUGAUGUUGUGAAUGUCGAAAAAGGUUCUGAACAUACUGAGGAAUUUUAUUAUAUUGACAAUGAAAAGUAUAAAAGGGCAUCAUGUAGCAUAUCACUACUACCAAAACAAGUAACAUUAUAUGGCUAAUUUGUUAAAUUUUUUUUUUUUUUUUUUUUUUUUUUUUUUUU